GUUUAGAUAAAGUUUUUAAAAGUUUUUGAAAGCAUGUCUAUGUGGAAAAGAACGGAACUUUACAACUAGGAGUUAAACUACAAAAUAGUAUAACUUAACACGAUGUAUCUCUCCGUGAAUCUUAGAUGCCCUGGCGAUAAUCGCCAACAGCCACAGCAGAGCUGUCAGCUACAGAGCCAGCAGCAGUUUUCUAGUUGCGCAUAUGGAAAUGGGACGUCACUCCCCAAUCUUAUGCCUUCAGUACCAGACUAUGGCGGGUAUUCCUGCAGAAAUUCACUUAUGACAAUACCAUCAUCAUCUGUCAAUCCUCUACCAAAUUCGUAUUUUGGGAUCGGACAGAAUAGUAAUGUAUGCAAUCCUCACCCGACCUACGAUACGCAUGCGCAACGACAACCAGCGCCACCUUUGCCGAGCAUGAAUGAUACAUUUGCUGGUCUACAACAUAGUAGUUUCCAAGAAGCAACAGUCGCUGCUACUGCAACCGCUGCUGCUCAACAGCACGUGUCAUCAAUGUCUGCCCAGUUGCUACGGACAGCACCAAACUAUAGCCCUAGCAACAUAAACAAUAUGACAAACAUGCAUCAUUAUUCUCUCGGUAUUGAUAUGGGAUUUCCCCUUCCUCUACCAGAUUACGCAAGGUUAGGAUUUCCAUUUGGAAAGAAACUGUUCAAUUGCCCAAACUGUAGAUACGUCACUGAUCGUAAAAACAAUUUGAAGCGACAUCUGGUGACGAUGCACCAAGACUGUGACAAACAACUAGAAUGUUGUGGGAUUGUAUUCAGGAACAAAGCAUCCUUACGCGAUCACGUGGUCAUAUUUCACAGUAACGGUUACACCUGCAGAUACUGCGGGAGAACAUUCUGCAGAAAAGCGCUCCUUAAGCGCCACCUAACGGUCCAUAGUGGUCAAAAAGACUUCAACUGUGACAAAUGCGAGUAUGCAACAUCUCACAAAAGCAAUUUAGAAAGACAUCGCAAAGUUCACGAACGAGAAGUGAAUGAUGUUGACAUUUUCGGUAAGCCGACCGAUACCGAUCAGCUGUCACCGUCGGUACUGAAAGAAAGUCCGGUAAAAUCAGACAAAUCGCUAUUGUUCAGUUUACAUGAUUGAAUAAUGUUUGUCCUGUGCAAUAAAUAGAUAAACGUAUAUAGAUAUAUUAAAUAUGUAUGAUUGAUAUCAUAUUAUUUGUUCAAAUAUCACUAAUCAUUUUCUCAUGGCCUUGGGUUUUGCCAAUUUGUCAUUAGUAAAACAUGAACACAUGUAUCUCAAAAUUCACAUAUAAUAUCAUCGGAC